UGUGCGCCGCACAAAGAAGCCAAUGUUGUGUUUACUUAUGUUUUUACAUCGCGAUUUUUGCAUAUUUCUACAAACUUCAGCCUUCAGCUUCUGGGAACGAGACGAUCCCUUUUUUUCAACGGAUGUUUGUGAUCUCCUGUCAUAAAACUGUCCAACUUCAACGAAAAGGACCGGAAGCGAGUCAGCAUGCCGGAGCCUGUGAAUCACCAGGUGAACGCCGCUCGUAAGACGUUCCAGACUCUCUACCAGAUCUCUAAGCUGCUGAACACGAAUCUUGAUCCGACCACUUUGAGUAUCUGUAUCAGGCUAUGUGAAAACGGAGUGAAUCCACAUGCCCUUGCGACAGUGGUGAAAGAACUUCAACGAGAAGUUAAGGCGAUGAAUGAUGGACAAUUGGAGUCUUCCACCAGCAAGACUAACAUAACCAAGUGAACAAGUAUGACGCUAUUGUUGCCCUCCCACACUCUCCACAGAAUUUAUCUUACGUUAUUAAAAAAAUAUACAUUCUUGAAUGUAGAUAGUAUAAUAUGUAUGAUAUUUUAUUUAUUAUACAAAUAAUCUAAUAAACACACAA